AUGCGCUUCUUGGCCAGUGUACUGGCGGCUGCCACCUUCUACGGCGCCGCCACAGCCAUCCAGACUAUCGAGGCCGUCGGCAACAAGUUUUUCACUAGCGACGGCAAGCAGUGGUUCAUGAAAGGCAUCGCAUAUCAGCUAGUCCCAGACGACCCGCUAGUUGACACGGAGCAGUGCAUGAGGGAUGCCGACCUCAUGAAGACUCUGGGAGCCAACACCAUUCGCGUCUACCACGUGGAUCCCGACGCGGAUCACGAUGGCUGCAUGUCGGCUUUCGCCGAGGCUGGCAUCUACACCAUGAUCGACAUGGAUACAUUCGCCACGUACAUUAUUCCUACUGCCCCUGCGUGGAACCAGACGCAGUUCGACGCGUACAAGAAAGUCAUGGAUGCAUUUCAGGGAUACGACAACCUUCUCGGUUUGUUCGUUGGAAACGAGAUCAUCUCCCAAUCCAACCACUCACUCGCUGCCCCCUUCAUCAAGGCCGCUGCGCGAGACUUGAAGGCUUACCGAAGCUCCAUGGGCUACCGCGAGAUCCCUGUCGGGUACUCGGCGGCUGAUAUUGCUGAGUUGCGACCUAUGCUGCAGAAUUAUCUGACGUGCGGUGGCAAUGCCUCGGAGAACAUCGACUUCUUCGGCUUGAACUCGUACGAAUGGUGCGACCCUUCGACUUACGAGACAAGUGGAUACGCCGUCCUCGAAGCCCAAGCUAAGAAUUUCCCUGUUCCCAUCUUCUUCUCCGAGACUGGAUGCAACACGGGCGAAGGAGGCCGCACUUUCGAAGACCAAGCAGCCAUCUUCGGACCCCACAUGGUCGACGACUGGAGCGGCUCCAUGAUCUACGAGUGGAUAGCCGAGGCCAACGACUACGGUUUGAUCUCAUACGGGCCCGCGGUCGAUCCCACUGCGACGGGCGAGAAUGUCGUCGGUGGGUUCACCGUCAAGGGCACGCCGACUCCCGUUGCCCCUGACUUCGACAACCUAAAGAGUCAAUGGGCGACUAUCUCUCCGACCGGCGUCUCCAAAUCCGCCUAUGAUGCCAAGAAGGUUUCAACGCGCGAUUGCCCUCAACCCACGAGUGGGUGGCUCGUUAACGGCAACGUCGCCCUACCCAGUCUAGGCGCCACGUUGAGCUCUAGUGGCUACGAGGCCGUUCCAUCUGCAACUGGAAGCGCCGCCGAUGCUUCCUCGACGCAGAACGCAGUUUCGGGUUCUAACGAAAUCGCUGGCAUGGCUGUGGGUCUCGUCGGCGUUUCGAUGAUCUUCACGUUCUGGCUAUGA